AUGGCUGCGAAACCUGACGACGAGCCUAACGAUGUCCUUUUCAGCUCACACUAUGGUGUUCGCACCAUCGAACUCAACCGUCCCAAGAAGCUCAAUUCUCUGAAUGGCUCCAUGGCCAACAAGAUUCUACCACGUCUCAAGGAAUGGGAAAAGUCACAACUCGCAAAUGUCAUCGUCCUCAAGGGUGCCGGCAGAGCUCUCUGUGCUGGUGGUGAUGUUGCCGCGCUGGCCAAGGACAACCAGACUGGUCCUGAAGGUCAACAACGCUCAAAGGACUACUUUGCCCUCGAAUACAAGCUCGACUACACCAUUGCGACCUACCCUAAGCCUUACGUCGCUUUCAUGGACGGCAUCACCAUGGGUGGCGGCGUCGGCCUCAGUGUCCACGCUCCUUUCCGUAUUGCUACCGAAAACACCGUCUUCGCCAUGCCCGAAACCACCAUCGGCUUCUUCCCUGAUGUUGGCGCCAGUUUCUUCUUGCCUCGCAUGGACGGUGCUCUGGGCACAUACCUCGCCCUCACCUCUGAACAGCUCAAGGGUGUCAAUGCCUUCCUGUCGGGAAUUGCUACUCACUAUCUCCACAGCAGUUCGCUUCCUGAUUUGGAGGCCCGUCUUGCAGAGCUCAACUUUGGCGACGAGCUGUCAUACAACGCUCGCUUGGAUAUCAUCAACAGCACCAUUGAAGAAUUCACCACUGGCAUGCCCCACGACGCACCGCCGCAUUUCUCGACCAAUGUUCGCAUCGCUAUCGAUUAUUGUUUCCAGGAGGUUCACAACAUUGACCAGAUCAUGGAAGCAUUGCGAGAUUCGGAGGAAAAUUCACCUCCUGAGGUUCAAAAAUGGGCUGCAAAGACCCGUGAGACCAUUGCACAGCGCAGUCCUACUAGCAUCAAGGUCGCUCUCUCUCAGUUGAAGAGAGGCGCACAAUGGAACAUUGCUCAAACCUUCCAGAACGAGCACAAUAUUGCUUCCAAGUUCAUGGAGCACCCCGACUUUGUUGAGGGUGUCUCGGCACGCCUGAUCCGCAAGCCUGCAGAGAAGCCUCAAUGGUCAAAGACCAGCUUUGAUGAAAUUUCAGAGUCCGAGGUCAACUCCUUCUUUGCCGAUGAGCUCACGCUCGAACUCCCUAGCUCUGGUGAAGACACGCACUACAUUGACUACCCUCAUGCUUGGACCGGACUGCCGCGGGAAGCCGAGAUUGAAGCUCUCUCCAAGAGCAACCCAAGGUUUGACAUGGAAGGUGUCGUCAACCACUUUAUCAGAACGCGACGCGGCAAGAUGGGUAUCAGAGAAAAGGUCGAGGAAGUGCUCAACAGGAGGACAACCCCGGCCGACAACAAGGCAGGUUUCACGUGGAACUGA